AUUUUUUAUUUCAUCUUUCUGACUGUCCUUGCCCCUUUUGCCAUUCCAAGUUGGUGUGUAUUUGCGAUUGUAACAUUUGAUGGUGGUUGUUCAGUUAGUCAUUUAAUAUUUUAAUAAUAACAUUAUUUAUCAGUCCUGAUUGUGACUGAGAUAUUAAAAUUAAAUAAGUUUAAAUAAUUAACAAAUUAAAAUGGCUGUUGCUGCCAGAGCACUUCAAAAAUUGACAGUACGAGGAUCAAGUUGUUUAUUAAAUGGACAAAUUAGGUUCAAUUAUACUGAUACAAGAAAAAAUUUAAAAAUUGAUUCAAAUACAAAAGUAAUUUGUCAAGGAUUUACUGGUAAACAAGGUACAUUUCAUUGUCAACAAGCUAUUGAUUAUGGUACUAAAAUUGUUGGUGGUGUUAGUCCAAAAAAAGCUGGUACUGAACAUCUUGGUAAACCAGUUUAUAAAACAGUCAAAGAGGCAAAAGAGGCAACUGGUGCAACAGCAUCAGUUAUUUAUGUACCACCACCAGCAGCAGCUGCAGCAAUAAUGGAAGCAUUAGAUGCUGAAAUGCCAUUAAUUGUUUGUAUAACUGAAGGUAUACCACAACAUGAUAUGGUUAAAGUUAAAAGAAGAUUACUUGAACAAAAUAAAUCUCGUUUAAUUGGACCAAAUUGUCCUGGUAUUAUUGCACCUGAACAAUGUAAAAUUGGUAUUAUGCCUGGUCAUAUACAUCAAAAAGGAAAAAUUGGUAUUGUAUCAAGAUCUGGUACACUUACUUAUGAAGCUGUUAAUCAAACAACAUUGACUGGAUUGGGACAAUCACUUUGUGUUGGUAUUGGUGGUGAUCCAUUUAAUGGAACUGAUUUUAUUGAUUGUCUUGAAGUAUUUCUCAAGGAUCCAAGUACAUCUGGAAUAAUAAUGAUUGGUGAAAUUGGAGGAAGUGCUGAAGAAUCUGCUGCUGAAUAUCUCAUCGAACAUAACACUGGAGCAACAGCUAAACCAGUUGUUUCAUUCAUCGCAGGUAUUACUGCACCACCUGGUCGUAGAAUGGGCCAUGCAGGUGCUAUUAUUUCUGGAGGUAAAGGAGGUGCCCAAGAUAAAAUUAACGCACUUGAAAAGGCUGGCGUUAUUGUUACAAGAAGCCCUGCACAAAUGGGUCGUGAAUUAUUAAAAGAAAUGACUCGUCUUGGUCUUCACUCGAAUUAAAAAAAAAAAAAAUUAAUAAAAUUUUUCAAUAAAACAAGAAAAAAAAAAACAAUUAUUAU